GGGGUGUGACUUUGAAUCUCCCUGUCCUGUCCCUGGCCAUAUAUAAAGUGAAGUUUUCUUAAAACGCAUCUCACACGGUUAACUAGCAAUAACAGGAACAUUGAACUUGCGCUCCUUCACUCUGAUAUCGUUCUUUUCCGUCAACAUGGUUGCUACACUUUGUUCUUUGUCCAUUACUGUGAUACUGGCAUCGAUCGCACGUCUGUCACAGAGUGUUGGGACGGUGAUCCGCUGUGAGCCGUGCGGCGCCGGCGCGCAGAUGCUGUGCAAACCCGUACCCAAAGACUGCGCAGAGCGGGUGCGAGAGCCGGGCUGCGGUUGCUGCCUGACUUGUGCGCUGCUCCGGGGGCAACCAUGCGGAAUAUACACUGGAAAGUGCGGCGUGGGGUUAACCUGUCAGCCCCAGCCAGGAGAAAUGAAACCACUUCAAGCCUUGUUGGAGGGUCGCGGGAUAUGUGUAAACAGUACCCUAAAGAAAUCCGAGCGGACAAGUCCUCUGGUCACCACUCAAGAAGUCAACAGUGCUGGGAUUCCAGAGGAGCAGCUUACUAGCAACACAAGUCUGUCUGUUCCGGCGGAGAUUGAGCAGUUGACGGUCCAGCUCAGCCCACAUGGACGCCAUCACGACACACCCUACCCUAACCAUCCCAAGGCCGAGAUGAUCCGUCGUGAGCAGGUCAGACAGAACCAGAACUUCAAACUGGAAGACCUUCCUGGCGUACCCCCCUCUGAGCAGCAGAACUUCUCUUUUGAGUCCAAACAGGAGUCCGAGUAUGGCCCAUGUCGCAGGGAAAUGGAGGGGAUUAUGAACAGUAUGAAGAUCGCAGACAUACUGGACCCCCAUGGCUUUCGCAUUCCCAACUGCGACAAGAAAGGGUUCUACAAGAAAAAACAGUGCCGGCCAUCUAAGGGACGGAAGCGGGGCAUGUGCUGGUGUGUGGACAAGUAUGGCCAGCCUCUUCCAGGCUUCCAUGGGAAGGAGAGAGGCAGCGCUCACUGUUUUGCCAUAGAGAACCAAUAGAAACCCCUCGAGAAACGGAUCGAGGUGCUGUGUGUGCGCUAUAGGGACUCACUGAAGAAACAGCAGCAAUCACUUUGCAUUCCACCCAGCCCCUACAUCUGGGACUUGUACGUUGGUCCUCCAAGGAAAUACGGAAGGGGCUUAAUAUUUUGGGCCUUCCAGAUCUUAAAAUGGCUCUAGUUUAUUUCUGUGUUCUAAACAUUAGCCUUUCCUCUUGAAGCCAGCAUCGGUACCCGAGAUGUUGCAGGAGAGGAAAGAGAGAGGGAGAAAGAGAGAGGGAGACGGAGAGAUGGUGAGACGUGAGAAGGACAUGUGUCUCUGGAUGUGGUAACAGUGUCCAGGACCGAGGCACAGCUGUCCACAGAAGACAGGGUUGGAGGCACUAAGGUUACAGAGCACUUCCCAUAAACAUGAUCCUUUGUCUUUUUUGUGUCUGUGUGUGUUUAUGUGGCUGUUCAGUGUAUGAGCUCAACCAUGUACCUUCACAUCUCCACGCCUAUCAAGAUCUUAUCAGUUUAAUUGUGUUGAGCCAAGUUUAGCUAGAGGCCCUUUUUAAAACAGAUUCCUGCUAAAUAUGACUGAGCUUUAGGAUUAGAUGGGAUUAGAUGAUGGAUCAGUCAUAUGCAGUGCCAACACCAUGCACUUCUCUACAAUGCAUGUGUGUAGUAGUGAAUUUUGCCAAGACAGACACAACUACUUUCUUGAACUUUUACAACCAGUGUAUUUCCCUGUCACUAUAGGAAACAUCGCUGAACUAAUUGCCUUAACUAGCAGUGUUAAAAGGCAUCGCAAACACAUCUGUAACACUUUUUAAAGAAUCUGAAAGUGGAAUUACUUAUGACCUGGAUAACAAGGCCCUAGCACUUAAAAAACCCACCAGGUGACACUCAAAGAAAGACACAGACAAUUUGCUGGUAUCAGAUGCAUAUUAUGAGUCAGUUAAACUGAAAUAUUUGUAGUGGAUGCAGUUAUUAGCCUAAUUCAGCCAUCAGGCCACAUCAUGAGCAAAAAUAGAAUGGCUUUUCACUCCAGUGUUUGCAGACAGUAAAACAUAAAAAAAAAAAA